AUGAAGCUCUUCAUUAGUUUUCUCAUUAUUACCCUCUUCGUUAUCGAUGGUAUACAAAAUGCACCUGUUAUCCAUCCGAUACAUGUUCAAAUAAUACCAUUACAUCCGGUAACUGUCCCACCUACGUCUGAUCAAGUGACAACACGAAAACCUUUUAUAUAUUCUGUCAUCAUUCAUCAACCGUCGAAACCUUCGUGGUGGUAUUUAAAUAAUUCUACUGGGUAUACUCAUGGAAUUUCGACGGUAACAUCAUCUGGUAGUCAUUAUCAUGCAUCAUGGUGGUAUAAUUCUACAGGAAAAACUGUUCUUCGUGUAUUUCUUUAUGCAAUUUUGAUGGCUUGCGUAUACAAAGUUCUUUCUAAGAUUUGUAAAUCAGAGAAACAAAAAACAACAUACAAGAAAAGUAAUCUUCUUGUCGUAAAGAACAAAAUGUGUGUUUCCACAAUUAAUAGUAAACAGGAAGAAUUACCACCAUCAUAUGCAACAAUUCAUAAUGUUUGA